AUGGCUCAAGCCAAGCUCACCACGCCCGGUGGCAAGACCAUCAGCCUGCCGUACCACCGCGACAACGCGGGGAACGAGUUCGUGGACAUCAGCAAGCUGCAGCCCUCGACGGGGAUCUGCACGUACGACACGGGCUUCUCCUCGACUGCAGCAUGCACGUCGACCAUCACGUUCAUUGACGGAGAGAAGGGGAUUCUGCUCUACCGGGGAUACGACAUCGCGGAGGUUGCCUCCAAGGGCGACUUCAUCGACGCGGUGGCGCUCCUCGUCGCGGGCGAGCUCCCGGACAGGGAAGCUCGAGCUCGCCUGCGUAGCAGCCUCGCGACGCAGGCGCUCGUGCCCGAAGCGCUCGUGUCGUGCCUCGGCAGCUUCGACCGCACCGCGCACCCCAUGGCCAUCCUCGUCGCGCUCACAGGUGCGCUGGCGGCGUUCUACCCGGAAUACAUUGACGUGAGCAACGCAGCGCUGCGCGAGGAGGCGUGCGUGAGCGCGAUCGCCAAGGCGCCGGUCCUCGCCGCCAUGGCGUACAAGCACUCCCGCAGCGAGCCCAUCGUGUACCCCGACCCCGCGCACUCGUACGCCGAGGGCCUGCUUUACAUGCUGCAUUCUCUCCCGGGGCGCCCGUACCGUGUGGACCCCGUCCUGUCCUCCGCGCUCGAGGCGAUCAUCGUCCUGCACAUGGACCACGAGCAGAACUGCAGCACGUCGGCCGUGCGCGUCGCGGGGUCCUCGCAGACGCACCCGUUCGCGGCGCUGGCCGCGGGCGUCGCGGCGCUGUGGGGGCCGUCGCACGGCGGCGCGAACGAGGCCGUCCUGAGGAUGCUCGAGCAGAUCGGCCGCACGGAGCGCAUCCCGCAGUUCGUGUCGCGCGCAAAGGACAAGAACGACCCGUUCCGCCUGAUGGGCUUCGGACACCGUGUCUACAAGACGUACGACCCGCGCGCCAAGAUUCUGCGCGGGGUGUGCCACGAGGUGCUCGGGCACCUCGAGCUGGACGACCCGCUGCUGAACGUCGCGAUGGAGCUCGAGAAGGUCGCGACCACCGACCCCUACUUCCGCGACCGGGGGUUAUACCCCAACGUAGACUUCUAUUCCGGAAUCGUCCUCCGGGCCCUGGGCAUCCCCGUGACGAUGUACACCGCGCUCUUCGCGGUCUCGCGGACGUCCGGCUGGAUGGCGCAGUGGAAGGAGAUGGCCUCGGAGUCCCCCGCUAUGAAGAUUGCACGCCCGCGCCAGAUGUAUAUGGGCGCCAUGCGGCGCCCGUACGUGCCGCUGGCGACGCGGGACGCCGGCAGCGGGUCGCGCGCGGCGCCGAUGUCGCGGCUCUGA